GGUCUGCCUCGGUUCACGGCUCGCCAACGCCUGAUUGAUCGCUUGACGGAACUAGGAAUAUAUCGCGGGCGUUUUGGCAUUGAUGAAGUUGGUUUGGAUCUAGGAAAGAAGGAUGGACAACUACUGGAUUGCCGAGCUAUGAAAUUUGGCCGUGGCAAAAUGCUUCUACCAAUAUGUUCUCGUUCGGGUGACGUGGUCGAGCCAUUAGUCAGGGAGCAGUGGUUCUUGAAAGUUGCGCAAAUGGCGCAAAAGGCCAACGAGGUUUGCCUGACAUAG